AGUUGAAUAAUUCCUCCUAUCUAAUCACUUUUAUUAUAAUCGAAACGGGUGAUGUCUUUCACCGAGUGGCCGGAAUUGGCCACUGUAACUAAUGAGCAACGAUUUGAGCUGGUAAUCAAAGAUGCGAAGGGAAGAAGUCCCCCUCUCAGCGAUGAAGAACUUCAAAAAGCCAUGUUCAAGAAGAAUGCUCACCUCAAUUUCAUCAGCAUUUCCGGAUCUGGUCUGUCGCAUCUAUCAACUUCCAUCGUUUCGUGCGAGCAACUCACAACGCUGGUAAUCAUACGGAAUGAAUUGACCAGCGUCCCGGAGGAGAUAGGUACACUGACCAAGCUGACAUUUGUCGAUCUCAGCACCAAUCAUUUGAAGAGCUUGCCAGCUUCAUUCUCCAAACUCACCAAACUUGAGACAUUUGUUGCAUCUGGUAACCAGCUUACCAAUGAAGGACUGUUCGAUUUCUCCGCCAUGCUUUCAUUGUUGGUUGUGGACCUUUCACAUAAUGAGCUUACCUCCGUACCAAAGUCGUUGACUUGUGGGAAACUAGUGCGCCUGCACACGCUCAAUUUCUCCCAUAAUAAAAUCAAAGAGGUGACGCAAGAUCUGAGCGUGAUAGAACACAUGAAGACGUUGAACCUUUCCAAUAAUGAAAUCACUGCCCUUCCAUGGGCUAUUGGCCAGAUGGAAAAGAUUCGAAUUUUAGAUCUAUCGCAGAAUCCCUUCAAGGAUGGUCGAUUCAAGAAACUAGCUAAUGACAAGAGAGCGAAGGUGUCAGCUGUAGUUACUUAUAUAGCUAAACACGCUCCAAAAGUCAAUGUUUCUGCGCCAAACGAUGCCGAGGCGAAUGCUGAGGAAAAGAAAGACGCAAAUGACGAAGAAGCUACCGUAGUCAGGAUAGGAGUGCCUGAUAUAUACGUUAAACGGCUCGAAUCCGUCACACCUAUCCGACCAUAUCUUGCUUGUUGUGUUUUACGAAACCUCGAUCUUACGGGUGAAAACUUCAAAAAAUUCAUCAAUAUCCAGACGAAGCUCCAUUCUUCAUCGCUGUGCUCAAAUAGAACGAUAGCGGCAAUUGGCACCCACGAAAUAAAAUCUUUCCAGCCGCCCUUGAAGUACUUAGCGUUACCACCCGAGGAAUUGCAUAUCACUGCUCUACAUAAAAAGAAACCUGUUAGCGCCAAGGAGUUGAUUGACGCCUUGGUGAGGGAUGCAGAUUUAGCUAGGAAACGAACUAAAAGGAAUACGUUGAAUCCUCUACACAGAUACCUCAACAUAGUCAUAGAUUUACCUCUGCUCCCAUGUCUCAUCGAUGCGAAUGGCCUUGUCAUCAGUUUGGCUCCUAUCACUAACAGUGAUUUGACGAAGAUGACGGAAGAAACUGAAAGUGUAUGGGUGGAGGUAUCAUCUUCGGAGUCGAUGAAUGUAUGCAAAGAGGUUCUUGAGCAGCUAAUUGUUGAGACAGCCACCAUCUGUCCACAACUGCAUGUUGACCAGGUUCGCGUAUACAACGAACACGAUGAUCUACUGUCCGCUUUUCCUGACAAGAACGAUCUAUCAUCGAUGCGUCUGCGGCGGGAAUAUGUCCAAGAAAAUCAGUCUGAAGCCUGAAGUCAUCUGUGUCAUUUGCCAUAAUGUUUGCCUCAGUUUCUUAAAUUUUUCUUAUGUUGUCCUUUUUCAACACCUCAUUCUUCCUUUCUCAGCAAAACAAUUUUUUGAAAAAUUCUCACUCUUGAUGUGUGUGAAAUACAAGCCAAUUUCUUUUGUUGAGAACAUUUUGGAUUUCUAGUAGAAGAAAAUAAACUUAUG